CACAACCUCGACAUCGGCUACCCUUUCACAACGAAGCUUCCAGUUGGGCACUCGACUACCGAGGUACUCCCCAAACGAAGAAGACGACGCUCAAAGGCUUUGCUCACCCAGAAAAGACCAAUCAUCCUCUUUCCUCGACGGACCUUCAACUUUCUUUUAUCAACCGCCAGCUACACGAGAAUCAACUCGCAACCGGCCCUCUCUUCUCUACCACUUCUUACGUCAACCUUGAUAGCGGCUGUAGGCAAGAAAAAAUCGACCUUUAUAGUCUAGUUCGUCAGUCCCUUGGGACACAGCCUCCCAUCGCAAUAUGUCUCUCGUCCACCUCGCCAACACCUGCUCCCAUCUCCAAAACGCCUCCCGGGCACGCUUAGGCCUGACCUCGAUCCCCGACACGAAAUUCCACUUGGCUCUCAUGCUCGCCCUGCAAAACAGCGGCUUCAUAUCAUCCGUCGUCCGCGGCGGUGCCGAACCUCCCCCGUCACACAAACUUCUCACGCACCCGACGUCGUCGGACCCGGCGCACCCGAUCGAACCGGUGACACGGCACAAUAUUUCGAGUCGCCGCCUGUGGCUGGGGCUGAAGUACUGGAACAGCGAGCCCGUGCUGGAGAAGAUGAGUCUCGUGAGCAAGCCAACGCGGCGGAUAUGGAUGGACACGUCGGGAUUGACAAAGCUCGUCCUGGGGAAGAAUAGCGGCUAUGUAAAAGGGCUGACGAGGACCGGCGAAUGUAUGUAUGUGAGUACGGAUCGAGGCAUACUGGAGGCUAGGGAGUGUGUGGAACGGAAGCUGGGUGGCAUGUUGAUCUGUAGGGUACGGUGAUGAAACCAAAAGAAGAAGAGAGAGAUAUGCAUUUUCUCUUCUCGCUUCGGGGCUUGGGGCUUGCCACCAAGGGCAAAAAAGAAUCAGGUCAGGCGCUGGCGCAUUCUCGCAUCGAACCUUUUUGGUUGCCGAACUCGCUAAACACUCAAGACGCGGAACUUUUGCAAGUGCUGAUCCCCACACGGAUUCUCCUGAGAGUCGGGAUUUCGAUUCGAAUUCAUGGCGACACAGCAAAACGGCUUCCUCAAUUGUUCUCCCGAGGGCCGGCAUGUCUGGGCUGAGACUAGCAGGAGCGGUUUAGCACGAGAAGAAUGGAUACCAGGCUGAGAAUCAGACCAGCGGGAAAAUGAAAGGCUGGGUGCGGGCCUACGAGACCAGACCAGACCAGACACACACGAUUAUGGCCAUCGAGCCGCACAUGGCAUAUGACGGUCGAAUGCGAAAGGAAGGAUCAUGUCAGCAUUUCGACGUGAAAGUGAUUCGGCAUUCCCAGUGCCAGGCGGGCAUCUGGGAGCUACAAACUUGAGCGCCCCGGAUCUGGAUCUUGCUUUGUAUAUUUUUCACACCCGUUUGUAAACAUCACGACCUCUUACAUAUAUCUUACACACCUACCAUCAAUCCCUGUAUAAAAGAAUAC